AUGGACCAAGUGCCGGAACGUGGUUCAGCCUUGUCGGUGUUGACAUGGCGGAGGAGGUGUUUGGCAGAUUCCUCCGAAGAUCUCCCUCUCUUUAGCCUUGUCAACAGGAUUGCGAUCUCUAGCGUAUCGGCGAGUUCUAUCAUCCGCUUUCCUAGACAAUGUGCUAGCGAUCGCCCUUCUUCAUGGGGACUUUUUGACGUUGUAAAGGCAAAACUUGAGAUCUUUUUCAUAGUGCAUUUCUUGAAGCCAAGCUGGAUUAUCAUUGAGUAG